CUGCGCAGUUGCCUCGCGCCGGCUUCCGGGUGGUGUGAGAGCUAUGGAGCUGAGGGCUAGUGUUGCCUAGUAGCGGCGGCGAGUGGGCGUGCGCCCUGUGCUGUCUGGUCCGAGGGUGGGGUCCGGGGGUCUUUGGGAACAGACCCGAGGGCACGGAGAGAACCUGGGAUAGCCGGCCACCGCCGCCACCCAGCAUGUCUGCGGAGGCCUCGGGUCCGGCGGCAGCAGCGGCCCCGUCCCUGGAAAUCCCAAAGCCCUCGGGUCUCGAGCCUGGCUUUGCAGCCUGCGGUCUCAAGCCGCUGACCCCAAACAGCAAGUAUGUGAAGCUGAACGUGGGGGGCUCGCUGCACUAUACCACGCUGCGCACCCUCACGGGACAGGAUACCAUGCUCAAGGCCAUGUUCAGCGGCCGCGUGGAGGUGCUCACCGACGCCGGAGGUUGGGUACUGAUUGACCGGAGCGGCCGUCACUUUGGUACAAUCCUCAACUACCUGCGGGACGGGUCCGUGCCACUGCCUGAAAGUACGAGAGAACUGGGGGAACUGCUAGGCGAAGCACGCUACUACCUGGUACAGGGCCUGAUUGAGGACUGCCAGCUGGCACUGCAGCAAAAAAGGGAGAAUCUUUCCCCACUGUGCCUCAUCCCCACGGUGACAUCUCCCCGAGAGGAGCAGCAACUCCUGGCCAGCACCUCCAAGCCAGUGGUGAAGCUCCUGCACAACCGCAGUAACAACAAGUACUCCUAUACCAGCACUUCAGAUGACAACCUACUUAAGAACAUCGAGCUGUUUGACAAACUGGCCCUGCGCUUCCACGGGCGGCUGCUCUUCCUCAAGGAUGUCCUGGGGGACGAGAUCUGCUGCUGGUCCUUCUACGGGCAGGGCCGCAAAAUCGCCGAGGUGUGCUGCACCUCCAUUGUCUAUGCUACGGAGAAGAAGCAGACCAAGGUGGAAUUUCCAGAGGCCCGGAUCUUUGAGGAGACCCUGAACAUCCUGAUCUAUGAGACUCCGCGGGGUCCAGACCCAGCCCUCCUGGAGGCCACAGGAGGUGCAGCUGGAGGUGGUGGGGUCAGCCGAGGGGAAGACGAAGAGAACCGAGAGCACCGUGUUCGGAGGAUCCACGUCCGGCGCCACAUCACCCACGACGAGCGUCCUCAUGGCCAACAAAUUGUCUUCAAGGACUGACCUUUGCUUUCCUCCUGCCUUCGGACCCAGUCACUCUGUUUUUUCCUCCCCCUCCUAGACCUUUGCCCCGGCUCUGCUGGCCAAGUCGUGGGUCUUCCUUGGUCCCUUUGUGGCAUGAUGCGGUUCACUUUGGCCCUUUUCCACUCAUUCCCCCCCCUCACUGCUAACAACACGGUACAUUCCAACUCCUUCCUUCAGUCAGAGCUCUUCAGAAGGCUAACAUUCAUCCCCUCAUCCCCAUUCUUGGUCCUGCUCUCUUUCCCUCACCAGCUGGUUUAAGCAGUUUAGAAUUCCCUUUCUCUUUUUUUAGUACGUCAUACAUGCCAAGAUGUCCAGCCUGCCCUCAGUAACAUCCACCACAUUCUGAGCCGCCUCCCCACAUUGUGCAGGGUAGUUUGCCUCCUCCCCCACUGUUCUCCCUACCUCCUUAACUUUGUACUAAGCUGGCCUGGGCCUGCACCAGCUUAGCUUUCUUCUCAGUCUGUUUCAUAUUAUUUAUUAUUUUAAUUUUCUAUUAAAUUAUUGGAAUAAAGUUGAGUUGAGGUUCUGA